AUGGUUUUACGCCUGCCCCUCUCUCUCGGUGCUUUGAGCCUAAAAUCAGGGUUUUGGUAUCUGUACUCUCAGAGAUUGGGUAAUAUAAUUGAUCUGGACAUGUCUUCCAAAAUUAAGGCAAAGAUGAAGCAAUUCUCGGAACCACCGUGUCUAAUGACGUUACUUCCCGAAGACGUCAUCGUUGACAUCUUAGCGCGAGUACCGAGAAACAAUUAUCCAACUCUCUCCCUCGUUUCAAAGCAAUUCCGUUCACUCGUUACGUCGCCAGAGAUAUUCGUCAGACGAUCAUUGUUGGGCUGCACCGAACACUAUCUCUAUGUUGUCCUCUAUGACCUAAAAACCAAUUAUAACCGUUGGUAUAUUCUCCGCCGGAAAGCCAACGGCGAUGGACGCUUGGUCCCUAUCCCUUUGCUUCCCGCUAUGCCUUACGGUGGAGGAUUUGUCGCGGUGGGUUCGAGUAUAUAUGCGUUCGGUGAAAUUAGUAAGAUUAUCGAUUGUAGAUCUCACAAGGUGCAACCUCUCCCCAGCAUACCUGCGCCAGUGUAUGCUAAAAUGCCUGACGUCAUCGACGGGAAAAUCUACGUUUCUGGAGAUAGCUAUUGUGAUAAUUACUGGAAGAAGGUGAUGGUGGUGUUCAAUACAGAAACACAAAAGUGGGAGGAACCUGCGAUGGUGGUGUUCAAUAUAGACUUUGGCACGUGGUCUGGUUUUGGGGUGGUGAUGGCUGAGAAGCUAUACACGAGGAAUGAUGAUAACAGCUUUGUUUACGAGCCAAAGGAAAAUAAAUGGGAAAGAGACGAGAUGCUGAAUUUAAAAGAUUGGGAGUAUGCGUGUGUCGUCGAUGAUGUAUUGUACUACUAUGAUUAUGUUGAGAACGCGUUAAGAAGGUAUGAUCCAAAGCAGAGGUGUUGGGGAGUGGUGAAUGGUUUGGAAAAACUGUUGGCUAAGACGGAUUCAUGUUUAUUCAACAUUGGGACUGUGAGUUACGGUGGUAUAACUGAUCUGAAGAUGUCAUCUAAAAUAAGGGCAGAGGAGGAGCAAUCCACAGAACCACCGUCUAUAAUGACUUCACUUCCCGACGACAUCAUCCUCGACAUCUUAGCGCGUGUAUCAAGAUGCUACUACCCAACACUCUCCCUCAUUUCCAAGCACUUCAGGUCACUCGGUGCGUCGCCUCAGAUAUUCAUGAGGGGAUCCUUAUUCGGCUGCACCGAACACUGUCUCUAUGCUGUCCUCUAUAACAGAGAAACCCGUGAUAGCCGUUUGUAUGUUCUCCACCGGAAACCCAACGGCUAUAGCCGCUUGGUCCUUAUCCCUUGGCUUCCCGCUAUGCCUCGCGAUGGGAUCUUUGUCGCCGCGGGUUCGAUGAUAUAUGUGUUUGGUGGGACAAAGGUUGCAUCGACUGUAGAUCUCACAUGGUACAACAUCUCCCCUGCAUGCCUAUACCCAUGUCUGAUACAAUGGCUGUCAUCAGCACCGACGAUAGCAUCUAUAUUUUUUAUUUGA